GCCAAGAAAAGUGAAGUAAUAAUAUGUGCUUAAUUUGUGCGGAUUAGCUGUUGCAAGAGUUUAGUCGAUUAAGUGGCUAUCCAUAUUAACUAGGGUGAUUGAACUUGGUCAGGAUGUGUUAAUGAUGUAAAGACACAUGGUACGAUAGAAAUGUUCUGUAACGUAAAGCACACACUCAAGCUGUUGAUACUGCUGGUCCCGUUGUCUGGAGAUUGCGUCGAGGUCUGUACGUUGGAGAAACAACCCACCACUUACGCCCAGUACCAAGCUUGGUACCAGAGGAUCUCAGAUGCAACGAACUACGACUUUCCUAAACCUGACCCAAUGAACGAGUUCGAACAAAGCCCCCUCUGUGGUCAGACUCUAGUUGACCAGUCGCAGGCCAUUAUAAUGGGCGAGGAAGCUCCAGCGAAUGCUUGGCCGUGGUACGUCUAUCUCGAGACCAAACAUGGGGCAUGUGGGGGCUCCAUCCUCACGGAGUGGUGGAUCCUAACAGCCGCGCACUGCGUGAAAGACUUAAACCUUACUCUCGUGGUUUACUUUGGAUUAGCUGCUGUGUCACAACUAAAAACGGCACUAUAUAUAAAAGCGGAGAAAAUGUUUACGGAAUCCUACGCCCAAGGCGGAAGGAUACACGAUGAUAUCAUGCUUGUGAAGCUCGAGACUCCGAUAAACUUCACUGACGCAAUCAGGCCCAUCUGCUUGCCUGAUAAGGACAUGAGCGACUCGAAAACUUGUUUUAGUAUUGGAUAUGGAAUGACCAAACGCGGGGGAGGAGGUUCUAAAAAAUUAAUGCAAAUAAAAACCAACCCCUUGAAUAAUAAAAUGUGCCGGUUUUUACUAGGUCAGUUUGCUGGCUUGUACAAUAUAGAAAAGUUAAUUUGCGUCGACGAGGAACUCGGUCAAGGCAUAUGUCUGGGUGAUUCUGGGGGGCCAAUGGUUUGUAAGGAACGUGAAAAAUAUUUUAUCGUCGGCGAAUUCACUUUAACGUUUGAGUGCGGACAAGCAGAGUUGCCGUCCGCUGUGACGUCAGUGUAUGCCUGGUUGGAUUGGAUUAAAAACACAAUCAAAUCAAACUCGUUCGAAACAUUUUAGAUUUGAAAAGCUUUACAAUCUUUGUUGAUUAUAAUUCAAUACAAUCACAUGCUGUAGCAGGAUAUGUUACGGUCAAAGUCAGAAGUGAGCAGUGUUUCUUGUGAUUUUU